CGCCCGGCGCGGCGCCCGCGGCCGCGCCGGAUGACGCGCGGCCAGGCGAGACGCGCGCGCAGGCGUCGGCGCGGCUGCGUCGCGAGAAGCGCGAGGCGGCUCGAAAGAAGAGGGAAAAGAAAAUGCGCGAGGCCGAGUACCACGGCAAGGAGGAGGAGCCGGCCACGGUCGCCGAGGAGAAGCGCGCGACGGGCGCGUGGGCCGACGACGGGUGCGGCGGCUUCCCGCCCCUCUUCGGCAUGUGCCACGCCGACCGGCUCUACGUCGAGGACGAUCCGUUCCCGGACCCCGAGUCCUUCCUGCUGGCGCCGCCGCCGGAGCCGCCGCCGCCGCCGCCGGCCGCGGCGCCGCCGCCGCCGCCGCCGCGGUUCGCGUUCUUCGACGACGACGGCUCGGACGCGUGGCACGGCCGGCACUCGCUGGAGGAGCUCGAGCGGAUGCGGCGCGUCGUGCGGCGGCCCGACCGCUGGGCGCCGUACGCGCCGCCCUGGGACGAGCGGGCGCGGCGGUACGUGUACCGGGGCCCCGAGCUGUACGCGUGCCGCCACGCGACCGUGCCGCAGCUCAUCGAGGCGGGCGACGUCGACCUGCUGCGGGCGCUGCGCCGGUGCGGCCACCUGCCGGGCGGGCUGCAGGGCGCGGACGACCUGGGCCUGACGCCCGCGUACCUGGCGGUGCACUUCGACCAGCCCGCGGUGCUGGACUUCCUGCGCGAGGACGGCGUCGACCUGACGGUCGCCUGCGACGGCGUCGGCGCGGACGGCCACGGCACGCCGGCCUUCUACGCCGCGUUCCACGGCAAGGUGCGCGUCCUGCGGGCGCUGGCGCGGCUGGGCGUCGCGAUGGAGGCGCCCUGCACGCGGUUCGGGGAGGCGCCCGCGGAGUUCUUCGACCGGCACGGCCCCGCCGUGGCGGAGCAGCUGCGGGCGGCGGCGAACUUCCGGCACGCGACGGCCACGCGGCUGGCCCGGUUCCUGUGGAUGGGCCCCGCGCGCCGCCGGCUCGCGCUGGCGCGCAGGUACGCGCGCCUGCUCCAGAACGCGUACCGGGGACACUCCGUCCGGCGCCACGCCGCCGACCUCGCGAUGGCGCUCGUCGCGGACUGUGUGGAAAUCAACCAGUGUGUCGGGUGCACCCGACAAUUCUUCACUAAGUCACUUCUCAGCGAUGGCACGGCCGUCCUGGCUCAAUCGAGCGGUGAGGAACCGGCACCGCCACGCCAUCGAGCAGGCGUCGCGUCCGUGGCGUGGAGGACGAGGCGACGAUUCAACACGAACGCUCCGUAAAAUUUCGAUUUCCACACAGGUCGCGGACUGUGUGGAAAUCAACCAGUGUGUCGGGUGCACCGGAUAAUUCUUCACUAAGUCAUUUCUCGGCGAUGACGUGGCCGCGCUGGCUCCGUCGAGCGGUGAGGAACCGACAUCGCCACGCCAUCGAGCAGGCGUCGCGUCGAUGGCGUGGAGGACGAGGCGACGAUUCAACACGAACGCUCCGUAAAAUUUCGAUUUCCACACAGGUCGCGGACCGGCGGGCGGCCGCCGCCGCCGCCGAGGCCGCGCGCUCCUGGCUCGAGGCCGAGGCCGAGCGGCGCAAGUACGAGGACUCGGACGGCGAGGAGCGCGUCCUCAGCCUCGAGGAGGCCAUGGCCAAGGAGGAGGCCGAGGAGGCUGCCGAGGCGGUCCGGCAGCUCAACGCGGGCCGCGAGGAGCUCCCGGGCGGCUGGGUCGAGAUGGUGGACCCCGAGUCGGGCCAGCCAUACUACUUUAGAGAGGUCGACGGCGCGACGCAGUGGGAGGCCCCUAAUUAA